ACAACACCCCAGUCCCGCCAUGUCCUCCAAAAAGAUCGAGCAAUGGGAGAUCGAGCGCUACUGGGAGAUCUUUGCCUCGCUGGCAAACGGCCAGACGCACCUGAAUAGCUCCCAAGCCGCCUCCGUGCUGCGCAAUAGUCGGCUCCGCGAUGAUCAGCUCGAGAAGGUCUGGGACAUUGCGGAUGUUGACGGCGACGGCGAGCUUGAUUUUGAGGAGUUUUGCGUCGCUAUGCGCCUAGUAUUCGACCUUGUGAACGGCGAGCUACAAGACGUCCCGCCUGUUUUGCCAGACUGGCUGGUCCCGGAGUCAAAGUCACAUCUCGUUCAUGCAACACGCGCAUUGAGCGGUGGUCAGGAGAAAUUCGAGCGGAUAGAAGAUGAGGACGACACACUCGGGCUGAAGGACGGCUUCGAUUGGUAUAUGAAGCCCGCCGACAAGUCCAAGUACGAAGAAAUCUACAGUUCCAGCCGUGACCACCGUGGGCAGAUUACCUUCCAAUCCCUACAACCCCUCUACGAGUCCCUUGACGUCCCCGAUACCGACAUCCGCUCCGCAUGGAACCUGGUCAACCCUUCCGCCGGCCAGGCCAUCAACAAAGACGCCACACUGGCAUUCCUGCAUAUCCUUAACUACCGCCAUGAAGGCUUUCGCAUUCCGCGCACCAUCCCCGCCUCGCUGCGGUCCUCGUUCGAGAGCAACCAGAUCGACUACCAGAUUGAUAACGCGCCUGCACAGCGCUACGGCGCCGACGGAAAUCAAGAGACGCGAACCGGCCGCAAGGCCAAGUUCGGUGACACAUAUCUGAGCCGACUGGGCGUUGGUGGCAAGGGCUCGUACCAGCCUAAGGGCACCGAUUUCAGCGAGACUGUUCAGGAUGAAGAAUGGGAGAAGGUCCGCCUGCGCCGGGAGCUAUCAGAGAUUGAAGCGAAGCUCAAUUCCGCCAACCAGGCUUCGGAGAACCGUCGUGAUCGCCCCGGCAACGAUGGUCGCCCCAACUGGGCUCUCAUUAAGAAGGAGACGCUGCAGCUUCUGGAAUAUAAGGAGCGGGAGCUCCGUGAGUUGCGGGAAGGCGUGGGCCGUUCGAAGGAUGGACAGGACCUGGAGCGCGCGAGGGAGGAUGUUAAGACCGUGGGCGAUCAGGUUGAGGGCUUGAAGAGUCAUCUAGCCCAGCGCAAGGGAGUCCUUGCGGACCUACGCUCGCAGAUCGAAGAUGAGCGUGCCCGACGAUGA